AUGGUAGCAGAACCAGUUCAAGCGGCUACUGAGGCUCUCAGACUGGCCUACACAUCAGCAUCCAGCUUUUUAUCAUCCCUGCUGCAGACAGUCCACGAAUCCCUACCCGAUCUGGACUCGGUACUCAACCUGAAGUUCUUCAAUAUCCUAAGAUCAGACACAGCUCCAGCUCCUGAACCAAAGGAAAAAGCUGUUGACCGAUUGAUUCAUCAAAUCCAAAGACACAAGACUGCUGCUCUCUCCGCAUUGGCCUUGUCCGUCACAGCAACAAGCUACUUGAUCUACAGAAACGUGAGAGAGCCACGGAUAAGGAACAAACCUAGAAGGAGGGUACCGAAACUAGCAAAUGGUGCCCGUCGAGAAGUUGUUGUUGUGGUAGGCUCACCUACAGAGCCGAUGACUCGGUUGAUUGCGGUGGACUUCGAAAAAAGGGGAUUUAUUGUCUACUUGACUGUCCUUGAUGACAAAGACUACAAAUACAUCCAAUCAAACCAGAUCACUGAUGAUAUCAAUUACGUGAACUUGAUGGAAGAAUCGUAUGAGGCUCAACUAGGAAAGUUCAGAAAAGUGCUAGACGUUGAUGUUGUUCCAUUUCCUGGAGCGGAGGCUCAUCACCUUCGACUCUCAGCGGUUGUUUUCGCCCCCACCCUAUAUUUUCCACUUGGUCCUCUUGAGAACACGCCCGAUUCAACUUGGCAAAGACUGCUUUUCCGGUUAACCGUGACAACCAGGCUUCUAUCCCUGGGUCUUUUGGAUAUUGUGCGUGAUCAAAAGAGUAGCAUAAUCGCCAUUGUGCCCAGUAUCGUCAGCUCUCUCCGGAUGCCGUAUCACGGUCCAGAGUCGGUUUUACAAAACAGCAUGAAAGAUGUUUUUAGCACACUUUCCAAAGAGCUAAGGCCCCAGAAUAUCAAUGUCACGCAGGUGCGUUUGGGGAACCUCAAUCUAGCUCCCUCCAAGGCUGCCAGAGCUGAAAGUGUUCCCCUGAUCGUGGAAGCGGAGGUCCGCUCUUGGAGUGAAGACAUGCGCAGUGCCUAUGGGUCCGACUUUCAGAAAUCUCAAGCUAGCCUGAGGCCUAUGGGCAGCUCGUUCAAGAACAAGGGCCUCCGUGAAUUGUAUCACACGCUAUACGACUUGAUCUUUUACAACGGUCGUGCACCGUCUGUGGUUUAUUGUGGAACAGGUGCUCGUGCUUACGACAGACUUGCGUCCUUCUUGCCUUACUCGAUGAGUGAGAUGAUCUUCUAA